GGAGUCGUCCCGCCUCGGAAGUGGUGCCGUCGCCAUGCUGCAAUGUGUCUCAGCCGUGUCGGACAGGUUCAGCAGCCUCUCUGGCACACAGAGCUAUCAGUUCCUCAUGUUGGGCUUGGAGGGAGCGGGCAAGACCACUUUCUUGUACAAGUUGAAGAUCAACGGGUACAAAAAGGCGGACGUCCAAGCGGACAUGGUCUACCUCAAAGAGGUGAAACAAGACCCCGGGUACCAUUUCGAGGAACUGAGCAGUCCAACCAUUGGGCAAUACAGCAUCUGGGAAGUUCCUGGGAACGACGUGAUGCGCCCCUUGUGGCCCAUGUUCUACAGGUAUCUGCACAUUCAUGGGGUCUUCUUUGUGGUGGACGCCUUCUCCCCCACGUGCUUUGACUUGGAUCAGGAGAAUUUUCGAAAGCUGAGCAAAGCCCGGGAUGCGUUGUUCCACCUGCUUCAUGAGGACGAACUCCGCGUGUCGGUCUUCUUUUUAGUUUUAAAUGUGAACCGCAGCACAGAGGAUGCUGCAAAAAAGGAGGAAGAGGAGCAGGAGGAAAAUGCUCUCUUCGAGAUGCUGGGCGUUCCUGAGAUCGAACAGAUGGUCCACAUGAAAACCCGCUUCCGCAAGGUGGUCUUGAAUUGUGCCAACAUCAGCCGAAAAGAUAGCAACUGGGAAAACAUCUUGAAGGACUUUCGAAAAAUGCAAGUCCAGAUCCAGUCCCAGAUAGGAAGCUGAGCCGUUUCACUGACGGCGGGCCGUGGCAACAAG